GCUUGAAUUUGAUGGAAUUUAAUGCCUCUAGGCAGUUUUUGAGCACCAUUUUGGGCUGGUAAUGGAAAUUUGGUCAGACACAUCUGGCAACACGGAGUUCCGUCCUCUACACGGAAACGUUCACCGUUGGUUUGUUGUCAAACGCAGUGACAGGUCACACACACUCACUCUCAGACACACACCUGUUGUAGGCUAAUCGGGCAAUUCUACUACACGAAGAUGUGAAUCAGACACCAGACAGCGCGAAUGAAGACAUGGAUUUUACUACUGGAUUCUUUACUGACUGACUCUCAACAGAGAGCUUAGCGAAGUUUACUUCUUUUUUUCCUGCUGACUCGCGACGCCGAAUAGAACUUCUCAACUCGUUCUACCGGACCGGCGAGCGCUCGGCGCUUCUAGUUCUAGAACUAUGCUGGACUGCGCGCGCUAUUUGGCGUGUGGACUGCUGCUCGCGCUGGGAAGCCUGUCCUCUCCGUGUGCCAGUGCAGGCAGUGUGGUACUUCCAGAGUCAUUGCUGUUCAUAUCGACGCUGGAUGGCAGUCUGCACGCAGUCAACAAGAACAACGGAGACAUCAAAUGGACACUAAAGGAAGAUCCCAUCAUCCAAGUACCAGUUUACACGCCUGAGCCUGGCUUUCUCCCGGAUCCAAACGAUGGCAGCCUCUACGUGCUUGGAGGAAAACACAAAGAGGGACUGAUGAAACUGCCCUUCACAAUACCAGAGCUGGUUCACUCCUCCCCCUGCAGAAGCUCCGAUGGUGUUUUAUACACAGGUAAAAAGCAGGACAGCUGGUUUGUUGUCGACCCCCAGACUGGAGAGAAGCAGACAAGAUUAAGCACCGCCCACUCUGGACCCAUAUGCCCCUCCCACCCACUACUCUACAUCGGACGCACAGAGUACAUGAUCACUAUGUAUGACACCAAGACUCAGGAACUUCGCUGGAACGCCACUUACAACGACUAUUCAGCUCCCCUAUAUGACGACCAGAGCUACGACUACAAGUUGUCUCAUUUCGCCUCCAGUGGAGAUGGCCUGGUGGUGACAGUAGAUCGUGCUACAGGUGAAGUGUUGUGGAUGCAGCACUACUCCAGUCCAGUAGGGGCGCUCUACAUCUGGAACAGCGAGAGACUACACCGCCUACCUCACCUCACCGUCGCCACGGAGACCCUACGAUACCUCACGCUGGACGCCCACAACACACACACACACACCGUGCGGUGGAGUUAUCAUCUCAACGCAGACCAGCACAGCACCAAGACACAACUGGUGCCUACUCUGUUCGUGGGGAAGUUGGAUUCUCAUCUCUAUGCCUCCACAUCCCUCGUACAUAAAGGAGUUGCCAUCGUGCCUCAAGGCUUGACGUUGGCGCGUAUCGAGGGACCAACCACAGAGGAGGUGACCGUGAGUGGGCGAGGCAAAAGCCAAACGACGAUGACGGACGUUACGGAAGUCGAAUAUCCGCCAGGAACUAGCCAGUCACUAACCAACACCUGGCUACUCAUAGGUCAUCAUGAGGUUCCUCCGUUGGCCCACACAACGAUGAUGAGAGAUUUCCCAGAAUCCCUGCAGCACGGUGACAUCAUCCCUCCUAGACCCGCCCCCUACACACCACCACCUCUGCCGAGAGGAGGGGUUUCCCCUGGCUCUUCCCCUGUUCCUCCUGAUACCAUGGUGACGACCUCUGACCCUGUGACCCUGCUGCUACUCACACUCCUAUUGGCCGCCUGGAUUGCCGUCUUGGCCACACACACACAGCGUGUCCAGAAGUUGCUGAGUACCCACCAAUCACCAGCCACUUCCUCCCGCCAGAGAACCAAUCAGCAGCAGGCCUCAUACUCAGACACGCCCUCCAACUCCACUUCCUCCUCCAGCGCCCUAUCAGAGAGCUCCAACCACACAGGACACGCCUCCUCCAGCCAGUCCCACCAAUCAGAUCGCUCUGCUCCCCAAGCUCCUCUCCAAGCCACAAGCCAAUCAGAAGGUGAUGAGGUGACAGUGGGUAAAAUCUCCUUCAACCCGUCUGAUGUUCUCGGCCGAGGAACUGAAGGAACCUUCGUCUUCAAGGGCAGUUUUGAUGGGCGUAAGGUGGCGGUGAAGAGGGUUCUUCCGGAGUGUGUGGAGUUCGCUGAGAGGGAAGUUCAGCUGCUGAGAGAAUCUGAUGAACAUCCGAACGUCAUCAGAUACUUCUGCACCGAGAGAGACCGCCAGUUUACAUACAUCGCUAUAGAGCUAUGUGCAGCUACGCUACAGCAGUAUGUGGAGGAUCCCGGGUGUCCGUACUCGAGCCUGAACCCGAUCACACUGCUGGAACAGACCAUGUCAGGACUCAGUCAUCUGCACUCACUCAACAUCGUCCACAGAGACCUAAAGCCGUGUAACAUCCUCCUAUCGUGCGGGGGUGUGUUGGGUCGGGUGCGAGCGGUCAUAUCUGAUUUCGGCCUGUGUAAGAAGCUCCCUCCCGACCGCCACUCAUUCAGCAGGAGCUCUGGGCUCACAGGAACGCAGGGGUGGAUAGCACCAGAGAUGCUGACACACACACACGACACACGGCCUACGUGUGCGGUGGAUAUCUUCUCUGCAGGGUGUGUGUUCUACUAUGUGUCGUCUCGAGGUUCUCAUCCCUUUGGUGAUGCUCUACGUCGUCAAGGCAACAUCCUCUCCUCCGAGUACACGCUGGACCACUUUAUGGACGACCUGCACGAGGACGUGAUCGCUCGAGAUCUUAUCGAGAAGAUGAUUGGUGCAGAGCCGGAGUCCCGCCCCCUCGCGUCAGCCAUCCUCAAACACCCCUUCUUCUGGAAACCAGGGAAACAGCUGCAGUUCUUCCAGGACGUUAGUGACCGUAUAGAGAAGGAGGCACUGGACAGUGACAUCGUGGUGCGAUUGGAAACGGCAGGAAGAGGAGUGGUCAGGACAAACUGGAGGAUGCACAUCUCAGCACCCCUACAAGCAGACCUAAGGAAGUUUCGUACCUACAAAGGGAACUCGGUCAGAGAUCUACUGAGGGCCAUGAGGAAUAAGAAGCACCACUACCAUGAGCUCCCUGGUGAGGUCCAGUCUGCGUUGGGAGAGGUGCCAGAGGGCUUCGUCGGAUACUUCACAUCACGAUUCCCAAGACUGCUGCUGCACACACACAGCGCCAUGGCACUGUGUAGCCACGAAAGACUGUUCCAUGCCUACUACUGACACAAACACACACACACACACACACACACACACACACGGCCAUGGCACUGUGUAGCCACGAAAGACUGUUCCAUGCCUACUACUGACACACACACACACACACACACAGCGCCAUGGCACUGUGUAGCCACGACAGACUGUUCCACGCUUACUACAGACACACACACACACAAACACACACUCCUAACACACACACACACACACACACACACACACACACACACACACAAACACACACACACACACAAACACACACACACACACACACACACACACACACACACACACACACACACACACACACAAAAACACACACACACACACACCUGACACACACACACACCGCCAUGGCACUGUGUAACUACGAGAGACUGUUCCACACACGAGAGAUUGUUCCACACCUACUGCUGACACACACGAGGCGGUGGUGGCUCAGGUGGUAAGAGAAGCUGUUUGGCAACCUGAAGGUUGCAGUUUGAGCCCCGCUCUCCCCGCUCUGCCUGACCCCAUUGAUGUGUCCUCGAGCAAUAUACUUCAUCCCAAGUUGCUCCUGGUGGCAGGGUGGUAUCCUGCGUGGCAGCCACUGUGUGAAUGGGUGAAUGUGAGGCAUACAAUGUAAAGCGCUUAGAGUUCUCGAACUUCGAAGGAGUGGAAAGGCGCUCCAUAAAUGCAGUCAAUUUACAAUUUACACACACACUCACUCCUGCUGCCCACACGCCACGCCAUGAUGCUCUGUUCACACGAGAGACUACUACUGACACACACACACACGUGACACAGAGACACUACUGACACACACAUACACACACACACAAAGACACUACUGACACACACACACUGACUACUGCUGCACACUCCUGACAGCUCAUGUGGAGUCAUAUCCACGCAUUGUUUUUUUUGGGGGGAUAUAUGAUUAGGAGACUAAAAGGGAGGGGUGUAUUAAGGGACAGGGGUGUGUUUGUAUUUGGGGGUGGGGGGGUUGAUGUGUAAAGAUUUUAUAAAGUUUUUUUUAAAGUGUGUGUAUGUGUGUGAUUGUAACUGGCUUUUUUAAGAUGGGGGGUUUUACUGGAGAAAUGUUAAUGGGUUACACGCACACACACGGGCUUGUUUUUAUAAACCUGUGUAACACACACACACACACACACACACACACACACACACACACACACACACACACACACACACACACACACACACACAGGGUUACUGAUGAGCGAUCUGCUGUUAAGUUGCUUUGUUACUGUUUGUUAUUGAAUGAAUGUAGUGAUCACUGCUAUUGAUAAACACACAGGUCUCCAUUAUAGCACUGCUGUUAAUGUGGAUGACACCACUUUACUGAUAAAGAUUCCUCAAUCUAUUCCACAGUUAUUACGCUAGUAAAGACAUCAUCUAUUAGACACUGUUGCUACAGUAAUAAAAACAUCAUAUAUUCCACUGUUACUACUGAAAUAAAGACUCUAUUCCACUGUUACUAUGGAGAUAAAGACAUCUAUUACACACUGUUACCAAUGAAGACAUUUAUUUCAUAUGGCAAAUCCCAAUCACAUGUUUUUGAUGACUUUGAUGGCUUUAAUAAAAAGUGUUUUUUAAC